GGCGGCCACGUAAUCUUCGGGCUCUUUUCGCCAACCGGGCAGUGGCUGGUGGGAGUCAAGAUGGCGUCGGCCGCAGGGGCUAGUAUUCGAGAGAGACAAACAGUGGCUUUGAAGCGUAUGCUGAAUUUCAAUGUGCCUCAUGUUAAAAACAGCACUGGAGAACCAGUAUGGAAAGUGCUCAUUUAUGACAGAUUUGGCCAAGAUAUCAUCUCUCCGCUGCUAUCAGUAAAAGAGCUGAGAGACAUGGGAAUCACUCUGCAUCUGCUUUUACACUCUGAUCGAGAUCCUAUUCCAGAUGUUCCUGCAGUGUACUUUGUAAUGCCAACGGAAGAAAACAUUGACAGAAUGUGCCAGGAUCUGCGAAAUCAACUCUAUGAAUCAUAUUAUUUAAAUUUUAUUUCUGCCAUUUCAAGAAGUAAACUGGAAGAUAUUGCAAAUGCAGCAUUAGCUGCUAGUGCAGUUACACAAGUAGCCAAGGUUUUUGAUCAGUAUCUCAAUUUUAUUACUUUGGAAGAUGAUAUGUUUGUAUUAUGUAAUCAAAAUAAGGAGCUUGUCUCAUACCGUGCCAUUAACAGGCCAGAUGUCACAGACACGGAAAUGGAGACGGUCAUGGACACUAUUGUUGACAGCCUCUUCUGCUUUUUUGUUACAUUGGGUGCUGUUCCUAUAAUCAGAUGUUCAAGAGGAACAGCAGCGGAAAUGGUAGCGGUGAAACUAGACAAGAAACUUCGAGAAAAUCUCAGAGAUGCAAGAAACAGUCUUUUUACAGGUGACACACUUGGAGCUGGCCAGUUCAGCUUCCAAAGGCCUUUAUUAGUCCUUGUUGACAGAAACAUAGAUUUGGCAACUCCUUUACACCAUACUUGGACAUAUCAAGCUUUGGUGCAUGAUGUACUGGAUUUCCAUUUAAACAGAGUUAAUUUGGAAGAAUCUUCAGGAGUAGAAAAUUCUCCAGCUGGUGCUCGACCAAAAAGAAAAAACAAGAAGUCUUAUGAUUUAACUCCAGUUGAUAAAUUUUGGCAGAAACAUAAAGGAAGUUCUUUGCCAGAACUCCUUGAAAAAAAAAGACUUAUCGAUCUCCAUACAAAUGUUGCCACUGCUGUUUUAGAACAUAUAAAGGCAAGAAAACUAGAUGUAUAUUUUGAAUAUGAAGAAAAAAUAAUGAGCAAAACUACUCUGGAUAAAUCUCUUCUAGAUAUAAUAUCAGACCCUGAUGCAGGAACUCCAGAAGAUAAAAUGAGGCUGUUUCUUAUUUAUUACAUAAGUGCACAGCAAGCACCCUCGGAGGCUGAUUUGGAGCAAUACAAAAAAGCAUUAACUGAUGCAGGAUGCAACCUUAAUCCCUUACAAUAUAUCAAACAGUGGAAGGCUUUUGCCAAGAUGGCCUCAGCUCCUGCCAGCUAUGGUAACACUACUACUAAACCAAUGGGUCUCUUAUCACGAGUCAUGAAUACUGGAUCACAGUUUGUGAUGGAAGGAGUGAAGAACCUGGUAUUGAAACAGCAAAAUCUACCUGUUACUCGUAUUUUAGACAAUCUCAUGGAGAUGAAGUCAAAUCCGGAAACUGAUGACUAUAGAUAUUUUGAUCCCAAAAUGCUGCGGGGCAAUGACAGCUCAGUUCCAAGGAACAAAAAUCCAUUCCAAGAGGCAAUUGUCUUCGUGGUAGGAGGAGGCAACUACAUUGAAUAUCAAAAUCUUAUUGACUAUAUAAAGGGGAAGCAAGGCAAACAUAUUUUAUAUGGCUGCAGUGAACUUUUUAAUGCUACACAGUUCAUAAAACAGCUGUCACAACUUGGACAAAAAUAACAUAGAAGAACCUUAAUUAAUAUGAGAAACUACUUGGAUAACCUAAAGAGAAAAGUCAAAAGAGCCAGAUGUUUUCUUCUUCGUAUCAGUGCCCUAACAUUGAAACUUAGAGUUAAUUUUUAAGGAAGUUAUAUACCUAAUAUAAUGUAUACUAAUUAAAAUAAAGCAUUUCAGAAAUAAA